AGCGCGCUGGGGGAGGGGAGCGCGGAGCCGACAGUUUCAGGGCAAAAAGCGAAAGGCGGGCGCGGGGCUGCCUUCCGAGGCUCUCUUUGCUUGCAGUUCGUCCCGCUUUGCUGAACGGGGAGUCGCGACCUCCGGCGCAGGAUGUGGUGCCGCAGGUUGUCCCAUCUACAAAGCAGGCUCCAGGACCUGCUGAGGGGACGAGUCACAUGUUGGGCCCUUCAACAGCCCAACUUCAAAAGCUUAUUUCCAUUAGCCAUCCAUUGGCACCAUACAGCCUCCAAGUCUCUGAAUUGUGUUUGGCAGCAACAUGAAGAUCAUUUUGAACUGCAAUAUGCUAACACCGUGAUGCGCUUCAAUUAUGUCUGGCUUCGAGACCACUGCCGCUCAGCAUCUUGCUACAACUCUAAGACUCACCAGCGCAGCCUAGACACUGCCAGUGUGGAUUUAUGUAUCCAGCCAAAGACCAUUCGUCUGGAUGAGACCACACUCUUUUUCACUUGGCCAGAUGGUCACGUGACUAGAUAUGAUUUGGAUUGGCUGGUGAAAAACAGCUAUGAAGGGCAGAAACAAAAGGUCAUCCAGCCUAGAAUCUUAUGGAAUGCUGAAAUCUACCAGCAAGCCCAAGUUCCAUCUGUAGAUUUCCAGAGCUUCUUAGAAACCAAGGAGGGACUGAAGAACUUUCUACAAAACUUUCUGCUCUAUGGAAUUGCUUUUGUAGAAAAUGUCCCUCCUACUCAGGAACACACAGAGAAGUUGGCAGAAAGGAUCAGCUUGAUCAGAGAAACCAUCUAUGGGAGGAUGUGGUAUUUCACUUCAGACUUCUCCAGGGGUGACACUGCAUACACCAAGCUAGCUCUGGAUCGGCACACUGACACUACCUAUUUUCAAGAGCCCUGUGGCAUUCAAGUGUUUCACUGUCUUAAGCAUGAAGGAACAGGUGGCAGGACACUGCUAGUAGAUGGAUUCUAUGCAGCAGAACAGGUACUUCAGAAGGCACCUGAGGAAUUUGAACUCCUCAGCAAUGUGCCAUUGAAGCAUGAAUAUAUUGAAAAUGUUGGAGAAUGUCACAACCACAUGAUUGGGGUAGGGCCAGUCUUAAAUAUCUACCCGUGGAAUAAAGAGCUCUAUAUGAUCAGGUACAACAACUAUGACCGGGCUGUCAUCAAUACCGUACCUUAUGAUGUUGUCCAUCGUUGGUAUACAGCACACCGGACUCUAACAAUAGAGUUGAGGAAACCUGAGAAUGAGUUUUGGGUCAAACUAAAGCCUGGCAGGGUCCUAUUUAUAGACAACUGGCGCGUCCUACAUGGCAGGGAAUCCUUCACUGGCUACCGCCAACUCUGUGGCUGCUAUUUAACAAGGGAUGAUGUAUUAAACACUGCUCGUCUCUUGGGUCUUCAGGCUUAAAAUUGACAGCAUUGGUAUUAUGAACACACCUGACAACCUGGCUACCAGAGUUCAUAUCAGCAGAAUAAUAUUGUGUCAAUACCGACUUCAAAUUGUCUCCUUACCUCAUCACACAAAACAAAAGCCUCCCCUUUCUCUAAUAGGGAAAACCUUGGAGAGAGGCUUCUGAGAUAGCCAAUGUCAGCCAUCUAGUAUGGUAGCUUUCUUCCCGAAGUUAUAACAUGGACUCAUUUGGUUUUUGGACCUUUUGAUGUAAUUGUGGUCAAUCUGCUUCAGAAAUAUAAUCACCACAUUGAUGGAGAAACAAUAAUAGUCACUAGGUAAAAAUUUGUUUCAACAGGAUCUGUUAAAAAGAAAUGCAUUCUAGGAAUAACAAAGUCUUAAUAGACCAGAGAUUUGCAACAUUUUUGGUCUUAAGACACCUAAUCACUCUUAAAAGUUAUUGAGGACCCCAAAGAAUGCUUGGAUGUGGGUCGUAUCUAUUGCUACUAAUUGUAUUAGAUAUUAAAACUUAGAAAUGUUUAAAAUUUAAGAACAAAAAAGCACACAUCCAUCAGCUAUCAGAGAGAUGACAUCAUCACAUGUCAUGUAUCCUCUGGAAAAGUCUUCUGUACAUUCAUCAGAUAAUUCGAGUGAAAAAGGCAAUAUCAUCUUAAUGUUGUUAUUAAAAAUUGUUUUUAAUACACAAACACACUAAAUGGAUCUCAUGGACUGCUCCAGGUGUCUUUAGACCACACUUUGAGAACCAGUGUGCUAGAGGAUACCUUGGGACAGUCCUUUACAUAGACCUAUGGAUUAAAGAGUUUAACCGGAACCCUAAAUUUUUCUCUAUGGUCUCCUAGAACUACAGAUAUUGUAGGAAUUGCUUCAUAUCACAAGCUCAGUGAUAAGGUAGGAACUGAAUACAGAGUGUUUUAUCUUGUGAGAAGAGUUAUCUCUAUCUAAGUCAUCUCU